AUGUUGCUGUUUUUCACUUUGCUGCUUGCUGUCGGAAUAGCACAGUCUGGACUCAUUAUUAAUCUGGACAAUGGAGAGCUUUGCUUGCAAAGCCUUCAGUGUAAGAGUAAAUGCUGUCAUAGGGAGAAUGGGUUGACCUUGGCACGGUGUGCUCCACUAGCAGCUGAAACACAGAAGUGUUCCCCAUGGCAUCUCUAUGGGGUCUACUAUCACUGUAAUUGUGAAAUGGGUCUAUCCUGUGAUGUGAAACAUACUAUUGUUGGAGUUAUUACCAACUCAGACUUUGGAUACUGCAAGGACUCAAAUGAUUCAUGA